UAAUUGCAUACACACACAAGUAAACCCUAUCUGCACUUGCAUAGAUACAUAUAUAUUAUAUACAUACAUGAUUGAUAGUUUUUAUGUAAUAAUUAGUUAAAUAUACCUUAAAAACAGAAACAUCCAUUUAUGGAUACUGAGAAGAUGAUGAGUAUAAAACAAGUUGAUCAUGAAGAAGAAGAAGAUAAACCUGCACUUCCAGGUUUUCGUUUUCACCCCACGGAUGAAGAGCUUGUCGGGUUCUAUCUUCGUCGCAAGGUGGACAAGAAACCGCUCAAUAUCGACCUCAUCAAACAGAUUGACAUCUACAAAUAUGAUCCGUGGGAUCUUCCAAAGACAAGUGACGUGGGGGACAAGGAAUGGUAUUUCUUUUGUAGAAGAGGAAGGAAGUAUAGGAACAGCAUAAGACCCAAUAGGGUGACUGGUUCCGGUUUCUGGAAAGCUACAGGCAUCGAUCGACCCAUCUAUUCGGGUGCUGGUCCUGCUGGAUCAGUAUGCAUUGGUCUCAAGAAAUCUCUUGUUUAUUACCGUGGUAGUGCUGGUAAAGGCACCAAAACCGAAUGGAUGAUGCACGAGUUUCGUCUGCCUCCAUCGUCUCACACUAACAUUGAUGCCAAAAGCAUCAACCGCAUGGAUGAUAAAUCUAUCUCUCAAGAAGCUGAAGUUUGGACUUUAUGCAGAAUCCUCAAGAAAAACGUAUGUCACAAGAAAACCUUACCGGAUUUUAAAAAAAUAUCUGCUAAUAGAAAUUUGUUGGUUGAUACGAGCCCGAAAAUAUGCAGUCGAGACUUCAAUCAUGAUAUGCAGCAUUACAUUAGAUUCCAAACUUCUACGAUCCAACUAAACCAUGUGAAGUAUCCAUUUUAUGACCAUCACGAGCAGCAGCAUCACAACCACCUUACAAAUGAGACGCACCACUUGACCGCUAUGGGUCCGUUGAUCUCAAGUUCAGGUGCAUCAGAUCAAGCUCCAUCUGCAUCCAGCUCUUGCUUUUCGGACCAAGAUAUGAAUGAUAUCACUAAACAAGGAGAUUGGGAUGACCUGAGGUCAGUUUUGGAGUUUGCAUCUGCUGAUCGGCCGGUUUUCUUUAUGUAAUGCAGGCUUGCAUGUAUUAAUAUAUAACUCCCAUAGAGAAAACCUUAGAAAACAUAUAUAUCUUAAUUGAAAUUGAAAUAGAUGUAAUAUAUAAUCAUGUGUGGCCAAUCAUGAUGACAUUUGUCGAUUU